AUGGCGCCUUGGAGCAGCAGUGUCGAGCUUGAUGUUGAGCCGAUGGACGAAACGAAACUAGAGUUAAUGGAUAUGUCGGUGAACGGACUGAAAGUGGACGCGCUGCUGGACGCGCUGCUGGCUGAGCUGGAAGACAACGAACUAAGAGUGUUAUUGGACGUCGAAGCCCAAGUCAAUAAUGGAGUUGACGAGGUCGAGCGGGAUGCUAAAUCUGCAUCAAAAGACAACCUCGCACUGCUAAACAACGUUGAACUCGACGUCAUAUCGCAACUCAUAGGAUGUGUUGAUACCGCAUUAGAAGCAGACAGCCUGGUCAAAACCAGCGAAUGGCCAGAAAUUGCGGAACUGCUAGCCGGUAAUCAGGUAAAGGGGCCGACGGAUGGAAGCAGCUGGGCCCAUAAAGCACCGACAUGCUCAUAA